UUGAUUAUAUGUCGUUUGGUAAAUUUAAAGUUAUUUUUAGAAUUUUUAAAUCUAGUUAUAUAACCAUUAUUUAAUUUAAAUAUCACUCAUACGACAUGUAUUUCAGUAUUCGGUUUCCUCUUCCCUACUUCUUGAUAUCGGCCAAUUAGAGUAAAUAAUGUACAAAGUAUCUAAAUUUUAAACAAGGAAAAAUAAUAUAUUUGAUCAACGGCAACAGUGCACAUGAGUGAAAAAAUUUGAAGCCAAAGCUGAAACCCUAAAUACAAUUGCAUAACACAAGUUGGCAUUUAAUUGACAGUCUUAUUUGAAAAUAUAGUUAUCAAUAGAAGUUUCCGAAAUCUCUCCCUAUUGAAACAUAUAUAACUUAUGUGUAAUAUAAUUUUAAAGAAACUUUUCCGAAGCUGAACAUGGAAUUGAAACCUGCGGUUAUCCUAAUUGUCCUUUUGGUCGCGGGACUUUCAAAAGGCUAUAAGAUGGCUCAGUCCUCCAAUGAGAUGGUGGGCUUGAUCUCGGAUCAUCAGGGUGACGGAGACAAUUGUCCUUCGUCAUCCUCGGAAGGUGCCAAGUGCGGCAUCAAAAUGGACGGCAAAACGAAAAUAAAAGCCUCCAACAUUGCCCAGAAAGCGGCCAAGGAGGCCAAGGACGCAUCCGAUGCCCAGAUGGAGGCGGGCGAGGCGGCAGCUCGUCAGGUGAAGCAGCAAUUGGCCGACAAGGCACAGGCCGCUGCCAAGGCGGCAGAAGCGGCUCUGGCCGGGAAGCAGCAGAUCGUGGAGCAACUAGAGUCCGAGGUGAAGGAGGGAGAGCUGGUGGUGCAGGAGGAGAGCACUCUCUUGCAGACCACCCAGACCACCUGCGCCGCCGCAGGACAGGCUUCCAAACAGGCGGCGGAGCAACUGAAGACCAUCACGCAGGCGGUGAAGAAUGCCCAGGACAACGUGGUCAAUUCGGAGCAUGUGGCGAAUGGAGCCCAACAGGAGCUGGGUGAGAAGCAGCAGCUCGUGGACGCGGCGAAAAAGCGGGUGGAGCUACUACUCCGACAAUUGGAGGUGGCUAGGGCGGAUUUCAAGAACACCAAGAAUGCCGCCGAGAAGGCAGCCUGUGCCGCCCAGGAGGCCAGGCAAAGGGCCACUCGGGAGCGCCGCAGGGCGGAACUGAGGCACCGACUGCGCAUCAAGAGGGGACGCACCCACUUGGAUCAUUAAUUUUUAUAUUUUCUAUUUUACUUUUAUUUUUCAUUUAUAAAAAGGAUGUUAUGUAACGAUGAACACAUCC